AUGUUUUUCACGGCUAAUCCAAUCAUUCGCGGUGUUUCGACAUUCGUUAAACGCACCUCUCGAGCAUUACACGCCUCUCAAAUAACAAUGGCUCCUAUUCAGGUUGGUGAUAAAUUGCCUUCUGUCGAUUUGUAUGAAGAUUCACCAGCAAAUAAAGUCAACAUAUGCGACUUAACCAACGGAAAAAAAGUUGUUCUGUUUGCGGUGCCCGGUGCUUUUACUCCUGGCUGCUCUAAAACUCACCUACCAGGAUACGUGCAAAAUGCUGACAAGAUGAAGGCCGACGGUGUAGCAGAAAUCGUGUGCGUUUCGGUUAAUGAUCCCUACGUUAUGGCUGCUUGGGGAGCCCAGCAUAACACAAAAGGAAAAGUUCGCAUGCUAGCAGACCCCAGUGGUAACUUCAUUAAAGCCUUGGAUUUGGGCACUAACCUUCCCCCAUUGGGAGGUUUCCGAUCAAAACGCUUCUCCAUGGUCAUCAAUGACUGCAAAGUUGAAGAGCUGAAUGUGGAGCCCGAUGGAACAGGUCUUUCUUGCUCCCUUGCCGACAAACUUAAUUAUAAGAAGUAA